GGAAACUUGGCACCCCUCUCGAAACCCCCGCAACAACAAAAAGUUUAGCUCUUAAAGCUAAGGAGGGGCACACUCUGGGGACUCCCCACCGUUCAAUCCUCUCACCACCAAACGUUCCUCACUAGUCCAUCGUCGGUCCACUCGAACUAUUCUGUUUGAGGCUUCAGUCUAGAUAGAUUAUAUCAUCGUCAUUGUCCUCUGCAAUCUGCAAAACUACUACGAUCAACUACGGUCCCGUCAUCCAACGGGCACGCAUCCACAAAUUCCAUCGCUCGUUGAUUCCAAGCCCACGGAAUCACAAUUCCAAACUAUUCGCAUUCCCAGUUCCAAGUCCUCGGGACACUAAUAACUCUCCACCAUGCCUCGUGUCAAGUACGUGCUUCUUGACUGCGACAACACCCUCUGCUUGUCAGAGAAGAUUGCCUUCGGACAAUGUACCCUCGUGGUUAACGAGGUCCUCGAGAAAUUCGGGGUGGCCGAACGCUACACUCCUGAGACGCUGCUUGAUACAUGUGUCGGCCAGAACUUCCUGACCAUGAUGGAAACAAUGCAGAAAAGACAUGGAUUCACUAUGUCUCCCGAGGAUGUGAAAGCCUACGCUGACAAGGAGGUCGAAAAGGUCACCGAGAAGCUGAGCGAAGAGUGCACUGUAAUCCCGGGAGUACCCGAGCAGCUAGAGUCCCUCAAGCAGCAGGGCUACCCCAUGUCCGUGGUCAGCACCUCUGCUAAGCCCCGUGUCGUCGCCUCUCUGAAGAAGUGUGGUAUUUACAAUUACUUCCCCGAUGAACACGUCUACAGUGCUGCUACUAGCUUGCCCGAGCCCAAAGGCAAGCCCGAUCCUGCUGUCUACAACUUCGCAUGCCAGCAGCUAGGAGUGAAGAACUCCGAGUGUGUCACCGUUGAGGACAGUGGGAGCGGUGCUACUGCUGCCAUGAAUGCGGGCAUCCCUUGCAUCGGCUUCGUCGGUGUCUAUGGCAUCGAAGAGGGACCGGAGAAGGUUGCAGAGAUGGAGAAGAAGAUGAGAGAGAAGUGCAAUGUCAAGGUCAUCAUGUACAACUGGAGCGAAUUCCCCGAAUGCUUGAAGAAGAUCGAGGAGGGCUUGUAAGUCGUCUGCCAACACUGGUACCUGUAAGGCCUUUGACCUUGACUGGUACCACGAGCGGGACUGCAAUAACGAGUGAUGAAUAUUAGGAUUGACGAAGCCCCUCUUCCAGUUAGACUCUAGUUCCCAUGGCCUACGGUUAACCUAGCAUACUAGAGACGAAGUUAGAUGGUUACAAAGCUGAAUUAAUCAGUUAUAGAGAACGUCUAGACAAAAAAUAAGAACUGAUUUUCCAGGCAUACGCUUUGGAGGCAUGCAUGGCAUCGAUUCCGAUUCUCUGUGCAAUGCUCAAGAUUGAA